CCAAAAGCUAAAAGUCGUGAAACUUUCGACUAUCACUUUGAAUAUUUCCACAGAAACACUAAUCAAAUCAAUUAAGUAAAAAUUCAACACGCUUGCGUCUUCAAUUUCUCGCAAUUUCCAGAGUCUGAGGUAAACCCAUGAGUCAGACUGAAGGUUAUAUCCUAGUCAAGGUGUAGGGACUGUCAACAAAGGUGGAAUAUUGUGAGCAAUAUGUCUGCGUUGUCAAGAUGAACAAAGCGCAUCAGAUGAUGCUGAAAGGUAAAUGAUCAAUUCGCCGUAAGACAUGCAAAUGAAAACGAGACCUUGGCGAAACCUUAACAAAAGAUCAACAGGUAGUUAACGGUAGAUCACGCAUAAAACCCACCAUCACAAAAACAAUGGGCAAUAAAGAAAAUAGCAACAACGACACCUGAGCAGCAACGAAAGAUAGAAUAAUAAGCGAAAAGGUGAUUUGUUCAUGGGAAACACUCCUCACUCGUCGCGACGCCUAAACUACGCAUACGCAACAUCUUGAUGGUUCGAGGGUUCGAGACUGCUUCGAACAUGUUGCGUGUCUAACCACAGACGUAGCGUCGUUUGCGCCGUCGCAACUGGUUCGCUGCAUUUCUUCGUUGCGAAAAAUGGGUCAGGCUAUAAAAAGACAAGUUCAAGGCGAUCGCCGCUUCAUACGUCGACAGCAACAGUAGCAAAAGCAACAUCAACAGCAACACCAACAGCAACCAGCAGCGGCAACCGAAAAUACGCGAAGUGAAAUUCCGUCGAGUCUCGAAUUGAUCGAAAGUUUUGUUGACAGAACAAUUAAAACGAAAGAUUCAACUCUUGGAUACAUCGAGAUACAUCUAUUGUGGUUCAUUCAUUCCAUUGCAGUGUAACAGACUGUUCGCCAUGUUGGACCAACGCAAGCUCAACGCCUACCUGCUGCUCUCCAUUGUGGCCAGCAACUGCCUGCUGCUGACCUAUGCCUACCCCCAGCAAGAGGUCUAUCAGCGCCAACAACAGUUGUCCCAGUCACAGUCGCAGUCGCCAGUUUAUCGCCCCGAGAGCAGCGCUCGCAAGUUCGCUGUGAAACCGAAUGCCUCCAAGAAGGUGGCAUUGGAUGACAUCGAGGAGGACAUCGAUGGCAACCAAAUACAGGAGAGCAUCGGCGGUCCUGGUGGCUUCACAUGGUCCAACAUGCUGUCCACUGUGAUGACGAUGUUCUUCAACAAUGCAGCCAACGCACCAACCAAGUCCGACGAUGUCGACAGCUCAAUCGGACUCGGAGGCAGCCCCUGGGCCAAUGUGAUCUCGAUGGGUCUUCGCAUCAUUAACACACUUCUGGGCGGCGGCGCACCCAGCGAUGGCAUCGACAAGGUCGACAAUGGCGGCUCUCCCAUGCAGGGCAUCUUGGCGGCCGUGUUGUCGUCCGUGUUGGGCACCAGAGAUCCAGACCAAGUCAACUCGAUGGCCAAGCAAGCUGGCGAGUUCAUUCAGAUCGUGAUGAAUCUGCUCGACGCCCUGAAGACCUCCUUCUCGCACCGUUCCCUCACAGCCCGCUCCAUGGGCAAACGUGACUCGGUCAGCGAUGCUGCCGUCGCUGGCAUUGCGCUGCUCAAGGGUUAUGUGCGCACCUACCGCAACUCGGAGGACAAGUGCAUGCAGCGCUACAUGUGUGAUGCGAACACCGAUUGUGUGCGCGAAAUCGGAGGCAGCAGCAUCUUCUGCCAACUGGGAUCCUAUGCUACCAGCUAUGCGCUGGGUCGCAGCAGCAACACCAGCUUCGAGCAUCUGUAUGAUGCUGGCCGUCGGGGGCGUUCCGGCUUCGAUUGUCGCCAGCUGUACCUGGAGUGCAAUGAGGUCUAGGUCUAGGUCCAAAGUGUGUGUUUAGCGCCAGUGACUUCCUCUUCUUCAGUGCUUAUGACUGGACUCCUUAAAGUAAAUUAAAUUAAUUUAUGUACGUGCUUACGUGAAACUAGUUUUUAGAUAUUUAUAUUAUUUAUUGAAAUCUUGUAUUUAUUUACAACAAUGUUGCGGAAUAUGCGUUGCUCAAAACUCGCCUUAUCUGCAAUGAGUACGAUGAAAAUAUACAUUUUUUAUGUCAGAAAAAACCUA